UAUGAAUGCGUUAUCUAAACGUAAGAAAAUGCGUGUUGAGUGACACUGACGAAAAAUAUUCGGUGUUCUUUAAAAAUCUGGUACAAUUCGAACUCAAUGUGUACUCGUUGCAUUUUAUUUCAGUUCUUAUAUCGUCAUCUUUGGUCCACCAAUUGGGAUUUUUGAUGUUCUCAAGUCUUCCCUUUGCAAUAGGUACUGUCCAGGAUGCUGGUCUGAUUUUCUUGUCCAGCAUGGCAAAUACAAUUGCAAACACGAUGAUAGACGACGGUAACAACGAAGUCGAAAUAUUGUCUACAACCUUGGUGAUAUUGUGUGCCGGAACUGCUAGUUUGGGUCUUGUUCUAGUGGUCAUGGGAAAAUUCAAACUAGCAGAUGCCGUCAGCUUCCUUCCCAUGCCCGUCGUAGGUGGUUACCUAGCAUAUAUUGGUUACUUUUGUGUAUUAGCUGGUACUUCCCUUUGUAUUUCCCAGCCUAUGAUGGAUCCCAAAGACUGGGCACUCCUGUUAGAUGUGUCAAAUCUGAAGCUGGCUAUCCCUGGCCUCAUCACGGGAUUGGUGCUAACAUUGACAUGCCGACUUGCAACAAGCUCGGGGACUCUUCCGUUUGUUAUGGUCUCGAUUCCGGCACUUUUUUACGUGUAUUGUUGGGUCUUCGAUAUUUCUUUGGAAGAAGCACGAGAAUUGGGCUUGGUAGGCGAGACAUCGCCAUCAGUGCCUGUCUCUGAUUUGAUUCACAUUGUUGACUUUUCGAAAGUUCGUUGGGAUUUGAUUGUAGAAGUCAUACCCACCUGGUUCGGAAUGGUUUUUGUUGUCUCGUUUGCCUCUUGCCUCGAUGUAGCGGCGAUUGCCAUCGAUAUGGGACAACCAUUGGAUACUAAUAGGUAUGUUGAGCAUUUUCUGAUAAAUGCAAUAGGGGUGAUUAUUUUCUAACCGAUUUAUACCGUUUCUGAAUUCGAUAUUUUUGCCACCUGUUAGGGAGCUUGCCACAGUGGGGAUUUGCAAUUUUAUGUCCGGGAUGACAUUAGGAUUUACCGGAAGCUAUAUUUUUUCUCAAACCAUUUUCAUGUAUCGCACCGGUGUCCACGAUAGAUGCAUCGGAUUAAUGAUCAUGAUAGUAUACAUGUAUAUCGUUGUAUCUCCGGUCAAUAUUUUAGAGAUAGCACCUCUAUUCUUCUUGGGGUCAACUCUGAUCUUCAUUGGAUAUGAUCUAAUGUCAGAAUGGUUGUGGGAAGUUCGCCAUCAAGUAUUUCUUUCUGAGUACUUCAUCGUGUGGUUCACGUUCCUUUCUAUUCACGCCGUUGGUAUAAACUUUGGUAUUUUGAUCGGCAUUCUCAUUGCCAUAUGUGACCAAAUAUUGACAACCGCAGAAUCUACUGGUGUCAACCGAAUAAAUAAACGCUCUCGAG